AUGCGCACUCUCAUGCUCCACGGCCACGCUACUAGCGCUUUCAUCUUCAAGGCACAGACAAUCCCCUUCCGAUCCAAGCUUGACAAAUCUUUCACAUUUGAUUUUGUCGAUGGCCCUUACUCAUGUCCGCCACCACGUGGUCUUUCGACCGUCGUGUCAACUGCAUACGGAUGGAUCAAAAACAACGACAUUGACAGCAUACGUGAAGCCGUCCAGUGGCUGGUUCAAUAUAUCGAAGUCAACGGACCCUACGACUGCAUCUGCUGUUUCUCCAAAGCGUCAGCCGUCGUCAUGGCCAUGCUCAUGGAUGAAACCCUCGUCGAUAGCGAGCUGCGUGAGCGCAUAACUCCCGGGUCAAUCAUUUUCAUCAAUGGAAGUAUCGAAUACCCCUUCCUCGAGGAGCUCGGCAUGCCCAUUUCUGCCAAGGCUCGCCAAAUCAAGUACAAGACCGAGCAGCUGGUCAAACAAAGGACCGACGGGGUGGCAAAACUCGCCCGGACCCUUGUCAAGCCCGGUGUUGGCGGAGGGCUCUGGGAUGAUACUAGCAAGCUGAUGCACAACCCCAAGCGUCUUCCCCCGGUAUUCGAUUGCUUUGGCUUGGAUUUCACCUUCCUGCCACAAAAUGCUUUGCUCAGUAUCCCCAGUGUUCACAUCGUUGGUGCCAAAGAUCCUAUCUGGCCAUCGGGUGUCCAGCUGGCGUAUCUCUGUGACCCAGCUAAGCGUCAAUUUUAUGAUCACCAGGGUGGACACGAUUUGCCCCGGACGCCUCAGGUGGGCGGCGAUAUUGCGGCAAUCUUCAAGGAGUUGUCUCUGAAAAUGAAACGCUAA